AAAGCUAAAAUAUAGAGUACCCUAAUUAUAUUAUUACUACUGUACACCUUCAAGACACUAUCUCGUAGUUUAGCUAAACUCUUCUUCUUCUUCCUCCUCGCUCUUUAAUCCGUAUAUAAUCGUUUGAUCAAAUCCCCCGGUGACCGGAGAAUCCCAGUUCCCAAAAUGGAUCCAUAUUCGGGUUCCGGGUCCUGGACAAUGAUCCCCACCAUCCAGACCCACGCAAACUCCCCUGCACCCUCGAAUCAAGACCAUUUAUUCCUCUCCCCACAACACCAUCAGCAACAAUUCUACCAACAACCUCAAUUUCCUCAACAACAGCAGUUUCAACAACAACCGCAGCUUCAACAUCGUACGAUUCAGCAGCAGCAACAGCAACAACAGCAGAACCAGCAUCACCAGUCACUCGCCUCUCACUUCCAUCUCUUGCAUUUGGUGGAAAAUUUAGCCGACGCUAUUGAGAAUGGAACAAGGGACCAGCACUCGGAUGCUUUGGUUAGUGAGUUAAGCAAUCACUUUGAGAAGUGUCAGCAACUAUUGAAUUCAAUAUCAGGAUCAAUCAGCAGUAAGGCAAUGACAGUUGAGGGGCAGAAGCGAAAGCUGGAGGAGUGCGAACAACUGCAGAAUCAACGGAGGGAACUGAUUGGCAAGUAUAAGAAUUCUGUGGAAGAGCUUAUCAAGUCUGAGCCUUAACUGUUUGUCUGCAUUCUGACAUCGGUCUUUAUUUCAGGUUGAAUUCCGCAGAAUUCAAAGUUUGAAGUGAAGGCAGCGGUUUCCAUUUUUGUAGAAUAAGAUUGGUUCUGCAACUAUUAGUUCACUGAGAAAAAAUUAUAUCUUUUUGUUUACUUCCCUUAAAAACAUUUUCAAGCAAGAGACCAGCUUAUUUAUCUUUUCAUCCAUGGGAUAUUUUUAUAUAUUUGUUCAUAAUGUUUCUUCAACAGAGCUCGAAUCCAACAUGUGUCAAGUGAAGAAGAGUACCAUUGACAAUGAUAAUAAAAAUUUUGUAAAAGAAUACAUCUGAAUUACCGAUUGAUAGAUAGGGAUGCAAAUGUAGAUUUGAAAAGGACUGUAAAUGGGUUACAAGUGAAGGUGGAUUGUAUUCGUUUCAAUCA